GCUUUCUCCUUUUUUCUUAUCUUUCAUUCUUUCCCUGUCCCCGCCAUGAAUGAGGAGUACGACGUGAUCGUGCUGGGCACCGGCCUGACGGAAUGCAUCCUGUCAGGUAUAAUGUCAGUAAAUGGAAAGAAAGUUCUUCACAUGGAUCGAAACCCUUAUUAUGGAGGAGAAAGUGCAUCUAUAACACCACUGGAAGAUCUGUACAAAAGAUUUAAAAUACCAGGUUCACCACCAGCAUCAAUGGGGAGAGGAAGAGACUGGAAUGUUGACUUAAUUCCCAAGUUCCUUAUGGCUAAUGGUCAGCUGGUUAAGAUGCUGCUUUAUACAGAGGUUACCCGCUACUUGGAUUUCAAAGUAACUGAAGGGAGCUUUGUAUAUAAGGGAGGAAAAAUCUACAAGGUUCCUUCCACUGAAGCAGAAGCCCUGGCAUCUAGCUUAAUGGGACUGUUUGAAAAACGUCGCUUCAGAAAAUUCCUAGUGUAUGUUGCCAACUUCGAUGAAAAAGAUUCUAGAACUUUUGAGGGCAUUGAUCCCAAGAAGACUACAAUGCGAGAUGUGUAUAAGAAAUUCGACUUGGGCCAAGAUGUUAUAGACUUUACUGGUCAUGCCCUUGCACUUUACAGAACUGAUGAUUAUUUAGAACAACCAUGUUGUGAAACCAUUAAUAGGAUUAAACUUUACAGCGAGUCUUUGGCAAGAUAUGGCAAAAGCCCAUAUCUUUAUCCACUUUAUGGCCUUGGAGAGCUGCCACAAGGGUUUGCAAGGUUAAGUGCUAUUUAUGGAGGUACCUACAUGCUUAAUAAACCAAUUGAAGAAAUCAUUGUGCAAAAUGGAAAAGUGGUUGGUGUUAAAUCUGAAGGAGAGAUUGCUCGCUGUAAGCAACUCAUCUGUGAUCCCAGCUAUGUAAAAGAUAGGGUGCAGAAGGUGGGCCAGGUGAUCAGAGUUAUAUGUAUUCUAAGCCACCCAAUCAAGAACACCAAUGAUGCCAACUCAUGUCAGAUCAUUAUUCCACAGAACCAAGUCAACCGCAAAUCAGAUAUCUAUGUUUGCAUGAUUUCUUUUGCACACAACGUGGCAGCUCAAGGGAAGUAUAUUGCCAUUGUUAGCACAACUGUGGAAACCAAGGAACCUGAGAAAGAAAUCAGACCAGCUUUGGACCUCCUGGAACCAAUUGAACAGAAAUUUGUUAGCAUCAGUGACCUCCUUGUACCAAAAGAUUUGGGAACAGAGAGCCAGAUCUUUAUUUCCAGUACUUAUGAUGCUACAACUCACUUUGAGACGACCUGCGAUGACAUUAAAAACAUCUACAUGAGGAUGACAGGAUCAGAGUUUGACUUUGAAGAAAUGAAGCGCAAGAAAAAUGAUAUCUAUGGGGAAGACUAACAGCAGUACUUGUUCUUACCUGACUAGAACAGGUUUAAAUUUUGACAGAUAAUGCAUAUUGUAUAAAAUCAGUAUUGUAAAGCCUGCUUUUGUAAUCAGAACUGAGCGAUUGAAGAGUACUGUACCAGUAAAUAAUUCCUCCCCUUUAUCUUUUUAAUAUCAUGUAUUAACUCUUUUUCAUUGAGUGGCUAUUCAGAAUUGGCAGGUUACCACACUAUCCAUUUUAACCAAUACUGGCUUUUGUUUUUUUCCUAGUGAAGAAUCAGUUUUAAAACAACAUUGUGAUACUGAUACAGAGAGCUCCGUAUGGUAUUUGUAUCUUUUAAUCAGUGUAGCCUUUUCAGUUAUGUGCUUCUGCUGCCCAAGAGCUGGAUCAGUAUAAUUUGUGCGCCAUCUGUCCUUUUGACAUUACGGAGAUUCUAAAUUGAAUAUUUUGCAACUUGGGACAGUAUCCUUGAAGUUUUCCCUAGAACUUUACAUUUGUGUUAUCUUAAGUAUUAGGAUAAUGCCCCAAUAGCAUAGCCACUAGUUUGGUUUAUGUGGGCAUAGAAUUCUAACCAAACUCCUGAUUUGGGAAGUCAUUUGGGGGAUGUCUUUGUGGCUUAGUGGCACUGUAUUGGUGUCUAAGUAUAAUAAAAUUGAGAGAAAGAGGAAAUAAACCUAUCACAAAGCAGGUGAAAUAUAGAAGCAUUCUUUGUAUACCAAGUGUGGCUUCAAUGGACCAAGCUGCAAUGCAGUAUUGAUUUGACAGAGCCUCUGCUUCAGUGAUGACUCCCUCAAAAUGGCUCCAAAUGAUUUCUGUACUGCAAAAUAAAGCCAAACUCUGGAAAC